CUCCAGCGUUAAUCAAAUCCUCUAGAGAAACAAGAAUUCAGAAACGUUUGGAACUUCAGCGAGGUGGCUACAGGCUGCUGUAUCACCACAACUACACAAGCCUUUCUCAUUUGGGUUUUACAGCACGAUGGCGAGUAAACGAAAAUCAACCACUCCUUGCAUGGUGCUUGCAAGCGAGCAUGAUCCAGAUGUAGAAAUGAAUUCCGACGGCGAGGAAAGUUCACCGUCGGUAACAAGCGUGGAGAACCCCGCUCCAGAAAGCGCUGUACCCGAGGGGGUGACAAAGGAUGGGGAUGCACUUGAACCUAGUGAUUCAGACAAUCAGCCAAGUAAAAUAGUUGAAGGUGGUUAUGAAUGUAAAUAUUGUUCAUUUCAGACUCCGGACUUAAAUAUGUUUACCUUUCAUGUAGAUUCUGAGCACCCCAACGUUGUACUAAAUUCUUCCUAUUUUUGUGUGGAGUGUAAUUUUCUCACUAAACGGUAUGAUUCGCUUUCAGAGCACAACACGAAGCACCAUCCCGGGGAGGAGAACUUUAAGUUAACCAUGGUUAAGCGCAACAACCAGACCAUUUUCGAACAGACUGUUAACGAUUUGACCUUUGAUGGAAGUUUUGUCCAAGAGGAGAACCAGGAGCAGUCAGAGUCUAACCCUUCUGCGAUUUCAAUCAGUAAAACGCCAAUCAUGAAAAUAAUGAAGGAUAAAUCUGAGAAGAAAAGGAUCACUGUAUCACAGAAUGCAGGAGAAGAUGGAGUGGAGGAGAAAGAAAAUAUACAAAGUGAGCCAAAGGUGCAACCGACAGUAGAGCCCAAGACUGCUCCUGUUGUAACAGAACCUGUAAAAACAAAUGCUACAAUUAUCACCAGCAGCCAGGAGUUACCAAAUCCGGUUGUAGCGCCUGCUACUGUACUUCAGCCUGGGUUGGCACAGGUUAUCGCAACUGUCCAGGCACAGCAAAAUAUCCUUUCAAAAGUCUUAAUACCUGUCAACAGCAUUCCAACGUACAAUACUGCAUUAGACAACAAUACUCUUUUGCUAAGUAACUACAAGAAGUUUCCAUACCCAACUGUUUCGGAGAUAUCCCUCCUUGCUGCUCAAACUAAAUGCACUGAGGAGCAAAUUAAAAUUUGGUUCUCAGCCCAGCGACUAAAACAUGGUGUUAGUUGGACACCAGAGGAAGUAGAAGAUGCACGGAGGAAGCAGUUUAAUGGCGCAGUGCAUACCAUCCCUCAGACAAUAACCGUGAUUCCUGCACAGAUUUCAUCAGGCGCUAAUGGCCUGCCUUCCAUUCUGCAGGCGUGCCAAAUUGUUGGCCAGCCCGGCCUCGUUCUCACCCAAGUUACAGGAACCAACGCAAUACCGGUGACUACUCCAAUAACGUUUACUGUGGCUGGUCUCCCGAGUAAUGCACAGCUCCACGCAAGCCAAAUUCCGCAUGCCCAUCCAGUGACUGAAACUAAAAGAAUUGCCGCUAUCCCAAGUACACAGCUGCCAAAGCAAGAGCCUAUCUUGAUAGCCGAUGUUUUCGGUUUGCGCACAAAGAAGACAAAAGAACAGUUGAUGGCUCUAAAAUUGAGCUAUUUGAGGAACCAGUAUCCUCACAAUAGCGAAAUUGAGCGACUUAUUCGAUUAACCGGCUUAACGAAAGGAGAAAUUAAAAAGUGGUUUAGUGACACUCGGUAUAACCAAAGAAAUGCCAAAGGCAGUCAUGGUAUGCAUUUGACCAGCGACCCCAGUGGCACCAUCAUUAUUGACUCUAGUGAUGAAACAAACGAAUCCCCAACAUCUGUCGUAUUGACCUCUCCACGCAAGCAGAGUUGGAACCCGUUUCCAGAUUUUACUCCCCAGAAAUUCAAAGAAAAGACACCUGAACAGCUGCAGACUCUUGAGGAAAGCUUCCUUAGCAGCACAGUACCAACGGACGAUGAGCUGAGUAAGUUGAGAGUGGUCACUAAACUUACUAAGCGAGAAAUUGACGCCUGGUUUGCAGAAAAAAGGAGAUCGAUGGGAGUAAAGGAGGAGCCUGGUGCUUUAAGUGAGAGCUUAGACUUUGAAAUAAAAGACGAAAUGGAUGAUGAAAGGUCAGCAGCUUUUGUUGCGGCAAAAAUGGCAAAAAAGAGCCCAGAGCAGUUGACCGUACUUAAGAAUAUGUUUAUCCGCACACAGUGGCCAAAUCCAGCAGAAUACGACCAGCUGGUACAAGAAACUGGACUUGCUAGAAGUGACAUUGUUGGGUGGUUUGGCGAUACUAGGUAUGCUGCUAAAAAUAAUCAUCUGAAGUGGUUUAUGGAGUAUCAAAUAUCCAAAACAAGCAGUCCGACAGUUAUGAAUGGACAGAGUAAUACACGUAGAAGGGGAAGAGGCAGGCCUAGGGGUAGAGGACGAGGCAGGCCUAGAGGGCGACCAAAAGGACGGAGGACAAACAGCUGGGAGAGGCCACCUCCACCAGUAAAGCAGAAGACUGGAAGAGCACUGCUAAAAGACUACUAUUUAAUGCAUAAAUUUCUCAAUGAGGAGGACUUGGACGAAUUGGUUUCCAAAUCUCGCAUGGGUUACGAGCAGGUGAGGGAUUGGUUUGCUGAGCGAAUGCAAAGAGAAGAUGCAGGUUUGGAUCCCUUUGAAGAUGAAGAUGAGGAUGAUGAAAACCUUUUGGAUGAUUUAGAUGAUGAGGAAGAAAUCGAAUCUGAUGACAGCGACACUUGGGAGCCCCCAAAACAUGUCAAGCGCAGGCUUUCGAAAAUGGAGGAUUGACGAGUAAGCUGGAGAUUCCAUUUUGACAAAUGACAUGGGCGUCCAUCCAGUGUUCCUGUGAAAGGCUUGGGAAUCCUCUCUUCUGAAAACGAUGGAGUAGCGUUAACAGAAGAAGCACGAUGGUCUCUGCAGUGAAGGAGCAGCAAAUUUGCAUGCUGUGCCAAAGUAGCCACACUGCAGACAGAGGACUAUGCUGUAAAUACAACUCGAGAGACGUGGGCAGCACACAGCUUGUACAAUUCAGAUUUUAAUACAUUUUUAC